AUGAAAGAUGCUCGCCGUUUCAUUCUGUCGCAGAAAGGUGGCAUCGAGAUUGCUCCGCUACAAGCUUAUACGUCAGCUCUUAUUUUUAGUCCUACUAAUAGCUUGAUAAAACAGUCGUUUGGUCAGGAGUAUCCCGCUUGGGUAGAAUUGAAACCGAAGGUUGAGGCAGACUGGAAUGCUUGCUUACAGACACUCGAAGGCCAUGGCGGUUGGGUGAACUUAGUCGCCUUCUCGAGUGACGGCCAACGAGUGGCAUCUGGCUCAACCGACAACACAGUUAAAAUAUGGGAUGCUACUUCAGGCGACUGUCUAAAGACACUCGAAGGCCAUGGCGGUAGCGUGAACUCAGUCGCCUUCUCGAGUGACGGCCAGCAAGUGGCAUCUGGCUCAUCCGACAACACAGUCAAAAUAUGGGAUGCCACUUCAGGCGACUGUCUAAAGACACUCGAAGGCCAUGGCGGUUGGGUGACCUCAGUCGCCUUCUCGAGUGACGGCCAGCGAGUGGCAUCUGGCUCAACCGACAACACAGUUAAAAUAUGGGAUGCUACUUCAGGCGACUGUCUAAAGACACUCGAAGGCCAUGGCGGUAGCGUGAACUCAGUCGCCUUCUCGAGUGACGGCCAGCAAGUGGCAUCUGGCUCAUCCGACAACACAGUCAAAAUAUGGGAUGCCACUUCAGGCGACUGUCUAAAGACACUCGAAGGCCAUGGCGGUUGGGUGACCUCAGUCGCCUUCUCGAGUGACGGCCAGCGAGUGGCAUCUGGCUCAACCGACAACACAGUUAAAAUAUGGGAUGCUACUUCAGGCGACUGUCUAAAGACACUCGAAGGCCAUGGCGGUAGCGUGAACUCAGUCGCCUUCUCGAGUGACGGCCAGCAAGUGGCAUCUGGCUCAUCCGACAACACAGUCAAAAUAUGGGAUGCCACUUCAGGCGACUGUCUAAAGACACUCGAAGGCUAUGGCGGUUGGGUGAACUUAGUCGCCUUCUCGAGUGACGGCCAGCGAGUGGCAUCUGGCUUAUGGGAUACCACGGUUAAAAUAUGGGAUGCCACUUCAGGCGACUGUCUAAAGACACUCGAAGGCCAUGGGAGUAGCGUGACCUCAGUCGCCGUCUCGAGUGACGGCCAGCGAGUGGCAUCUGGCUCAACCGACAACACAGUUAAAAUAUGGGAUGCUACUUCAGGCGACUGUCUAAAGACACUCGAAGGCCAUGGGAGUAGCGUGGCCUCAGUCGCCGUCUCGAGUGACGGCCAGCGAGUGGCAUCUGGCUCAUGGGACAACACGGUCAAAAUAUGGGAUGCCACUUCAGGCGACUGUCUAAAGACACUCGAAGGCCAUGGCAGUAGCGUGGCCUCAGUCGCAUUCUCGAGUGACGGCCAGCGAGUGGUAUCAGGCUCAUGGGACAACACGGUCAAAAUAUGGGAUGCCACUUCAGGCGACUGUCUAAAGACACUCGAAGGCCAUGGCAAUUGGGUGACCUCAGUCGCCUUCUCGAGUGACGGCCAGCGAGUGGCAUCUGGCUCAGACGACAACACGGUCAAAAUAUGGGAUGCCACUUCAGGCGACUGUCUAAAGACACUCGAAGGCCAUGGGAGUAGCGUGACCUCGGUCGCCGUCUCGAGUGACGGCCAGCGAGUGGCAUCUGGCUCAGACGACAACACAGUCAAAAUAUGGGAUGCCACUUCAGGCGACUGUCUUAAGACACUCCUUAUUGCUAAUACCAUGCAUAACCUCUUGUUCGACCUAGAAAACAACUCCUGGCUCGUAACUGAUAGAGGUGGACUAGAUCUGGGAACAUCUUCUCCCAGCUUUUUAACAACGACUCAAAGUGCUCUACCGAACGAGUACAGCCAUUACGGAUAUGGUAUUAGCACGGAUGGCAAAUGGAUUACAAAAGACAAUACCAACCUUGUUUGGCUACCUCUAGAAUACCGUCCCACAAAGUUAAGAGUAGCAGGAACGACCAUUGCGAUGGGUUGUGCAUCAGGUUGUUUGUGGAUGAUUCGACUAGCUCAGGAUAUAGGCAGCGGGUAA